AUGAACAUGCCAUAUUAUACAGUCCCCAUUCUUAUUCACACGGCAUGUUCUGGAACUGGUGUCUUGAUAGACGAAUGCGGGAACUGCGCUACGGAUGAAAUUUACCCUGACCUAGACAUCCCAAUGAUCGAGUCGUUACCCAAGACGCAAACGCAUCGUGAAGUUGACCUCGAAGUCGUUGAUGCUGAUAAAGAAGAACCGUACUCCAAGCAAAUUCCCGGUCUCGUUAAAGCCAGCCUUAACAGAAAGCAGGGUGGUGUUAUCGAAGAAGGGCUGAAUCUAUGGCUUAGUAUUCAUAUCGAUGGAGUAGAAACGCUGUACACCUCCGUUUUUGAUGCUGCGAGGAAGGGACCAGGUGAUACAGGCCACGAAUGUGAGGGCUAUGAUUUGGGCGAAAAUGGAGAGCACCAGGUGGGUGCAGUAUCUGAGGUCUUAGUGGAACUGUUUGCGUGA